AUGGCCUUGCCAAAGAUCAGCACUCCGAUAACGGAGAUGUUUGGCAUUCAGCACCCGAUCAUGCUCGCCGGUAUGAACAUCGCCGCGAGCCCCGAGCUGGCAGCCGCUGUUACAAACGCAGGUGGCUUGGGCGUCUGGGGCGGUGUCAACUACAAGCCGAAGAUGUUUCGGGCGAAACUUGAGGAGCUGAAGGAGAAGCUGAAUGACAAGAAUGUGGACCUUUUGAUUCCGCAGGUGGGGGGUGACGCCCGUGCAACGAACUACGAUUACACCGGAGGAGACCUCCCGGAGCUCAUCGACAUUACCAUUGAGAUGGGCGCGAAGCUCUUCGUCUGCGCCGUCGGCGUGCCUCCGAAGUUCGCGGUGGACAAGCUUCACGCUGCCGGCAUUCCUGUCAUGAACAUGAUCGGAGCUCCCAAGCACGUCAGCAAGGCGUUGGAGUCCGGUGUUGACAUCAUCUGCGCUCAGGGCGGUGAAGGUGGAGGCCACACCGGAGACGUUGCGACAGGCAUCCUCAUCCCAAUGGUGGUGGACAUGUGCAAGGGUCACAAGUCUCCUCUGACCGGAAAGCAAGUUCCUGUGGUGGCCGCUGGUGGCAUCGCAGACGGCCGCCACCUUGCCAUGUCUCUCGCGCUGGGCGCAGAUGGUGUUUGGGUGGGAACGCGUUUUGUUGCCUCGGUUGAGGGAGGCGCACCCCCGAAGCACAAGGAGGAUCUUUGCAAGGCGAGCGUGCACGACACCCACCGGACAGAGAUCUACACUGGCCGUCCGAUGAGAAUCAUCAAGAACAAGUAUUCCGUGAGCUGGGAGGAGGAUCGCUCCAAGGAGAUGAGGGAAUGCUUGAAGUCAGGGCUGAUUCCAUACAAGAAAGACGAGAAGUUCAUGGAGGAGAAGCUCCAAGGAAAGCACCAGGAUGUUCCUGUUCCUGUCGGUCUUGAAUCAGGUCAUCCGUGGCUUUGCGGACAAGUCGCUGGCAUGAUCACCGAGGUUCUGCCUGCAAAAACCAUCGUCGAUCAGAUGGUGGAGCAGGCCGCCACGAUGCUCCAGGCCAACAGCGCGAAGGUGAGCUGGCCUGCUCAGUCACGCCUGU